GUCAUGUGGUACACCGAUUCAAAUCCAAGAACAAACGUAUGGCGCCAUCUCUCAAAAUACACGGGAACUUCAGUAUAUGCGACGAUUUAGAAGAUAUACCACAAACGGACCAACCUGUCUGGAUUCUUGGAAAAAAAUAUCAUGCUAAAACAGAGUUAGAAGAUAUACGUAAAGAUAUUUUGUCUAAAUUAUGGUUUACUUACCGUAGAGGUUUUAUUCCCAUUGGUGGUUUUAGUUCUUCAUUUACAACUGAUAGAGGAUGGGGCUGCAUGUUAAGAUGUGGUCAAAUGGUUCUUGGUCAAGCUUUAAUCUUUUUACAUUUAGGUAGAGAUUGGCGUUGGACAUCAGAAACAAAGAAUACAACGUACCUGGAAAUAUUGAAACGCUUUGAAGAUAAGAGAGCUGCUCCUUUCUCUAUUCAUCAAAUAGCGUUAAUGGGAGCAUCAGAAGGAAAAGAAGUUGGACAAUGGUUUGGUCCAAAUACCAUUGCACAAGUAUUAAAAAAAUUGGUUGUGUACGAUGAAUGGAGCUCUAUUACAAUACAUGUAGCUUUGGAUAAUGCUUUAAUAGUUAAUGAUAUCUUAAGACAAUGUAAAGUGGAAGGAGGUACAACAGUUGAAGUAGAUGGAAAAGAACCAUUGAAAGCACCGAGCCAAUGGAAGCCUUUAUUACUGUUAAUACCACUUCGUCUUGGUUUGAAUGAAAUUAAUCCUGUUUACCUCGAUGGACUUAAAACUUCGUUCAAGAUCCCACAAUCUCUAGGAGUAAUCGGUGGAAAACCAAAUCUUGCUUUAUAUUUUAUUGGUUGUGUUGGAGAUGAAGUGAUUUAUUUGGAUCCACAUACGACACAGCGUUCAGCUAGUGUCGAUGAUGAGAGAGAUGUGGAUCUCACAUACCACUGUAAAUCUGCUAGUCGUAUUUCUAUUACAGACAUUGAUCCCUCCGUAGCACUUUGCUUUUUCUGUGCUACAGAAAAAGAUUUUAAAUCUAUGUGUAAGAUUAUGCAAGAUGAAUUGUUAGAACCUGCGAAACAACCAUUAUUCGAGUUGUCUACAGAGAAAUUAGUUAAUUGGUCACCAGCUGAAGACGUAUCCGAGGCAAUAGGAGCUAGUAAUUUUUUAGACUUUGAACACAUAGAACGUCAAUAUGAUACAUCGGACGAGGACUUUGAGCUACUUGGUUGACAUUUAAUAAGUGAAAUGACAAGUAAUCGAUUUGAACAAUUUAAUUGUUCUUUUUUCUUUUUAAUACAAAAAUGUAUAUAUUAUUGUUCGCGUUAAUUUUUACGUAAAAUUUUUAUUUAUAAUUUACUAUUAUUACUGAUUUGAAUCAUUUUAAACUCAAUAUGUCUUUUUGCUAUAUGUCUGAAGAUAAUUAUGUAAAAAUUUAAUAAUUUGCAUAUACAUACAAAUAUUUCAUGCACACAUGAAAGAUGUGGAAGUGCAAAUGACAUAGAAUGGAAAUGGAGAUACUGUAAUUAUUCAAUCAUUAUAUUUACAUAAAUCUCUUUACAAUGCAAAGUUAAAAUGUUAAAUUAAAAUAUUUACUAUAAGGAAAUAAUGUCACAAAUUCUUCGAAAACAUUAGGAGAAUAUUUCUUAUUAGUUUUAUAUUCGAAUAAUAUUGCAAAACUGUUUUAUAUAUGUAUAUAUAAAGACAGUAAAUCAAGUAUAAAUAUCAAUUAAGAAAAUGUUUUUUAUAAAAAAUUAAGUAGACUACUUAAUAAAUAACCACGAUUACAGAAUUU